GCAGCGCAGGCGCGCAGAGGGCAGCUGCAAUGGCGCUAUCGUGCAACCUGAACAGGUAUCUGCUGCUCAUGGCGCAGGAGCACUUGGAAUUCCGCCUGCCGGAAAUAAAGUCUUUGCUUUCACUUUUUGGAGGUCAGUUCACUAGCAAUCAGGAAAGUUAUGAAAAGUCUCCAUUUUGGAUUCUUAGCCUUCCCUCUGAAGAUAUUGCAAGAAACUUAAUGAAGCGGACAGUGUGUGCCAAGUCUGUGUUUGAGCUAUGGGGUCACGGAAAAUCGACUGAGGAGCUGCACAGUUCUCUUAAAAGUUACCCCGUGGAGAAGAUGGUUCCAUUUCUGCAUCCAGACUCUACAUAUAAAAUAAAAAUCCACACCUUUAAUAAAACACUGACACAGGAAGAAAAAGUCAAACGCAUAGAUGCGCUUGAAUUUCUACCAUUUGAAGGAAAAGUGAACCUAAAGCAGCCACAGCAUAUAUUCUCUAUUUUGGAGGACUAUGGUUUGAACCCAAACUGCAUCCCUGAGAAGCCACACAAUAUUUAUUUUGGUAGAUGGAUCGCUGAUGGACAGAGAGAGCUGAUUCAGUCGUACAGUGUCAAGAAGAGACACUUCAUUGGGAAUACAAGCAUGGAUGCUGGCCUGUCCUUCAUAAUGGCCAACCAUGGGCAGGUGAAGGAGAAUGAUGUUGUCUUUGAUCCAUUCGUGGGAACAGGUGGCCUGCUGAUAGCGUCGGCUCACUUUGGCGCAUAUGUGUGUGGGACAGACAUCGACUACAACACAGUUCACGGCUUGGGAAAGGCUACUAGGAAAAACCAGAAAUGGAGAGGACCAGAUGAAAAUAUCAGGGCAAACCUUCGGCAGUAUGGCUUAGAAAAGUAUUACCUUGAUGUCCUGGUUUCAGAUGCAUCCAAACCUUCCUGGAGGAAGGGCAUGUAUUUUGAUGCAAUCAUCACGGAUCCUCCAUAUGGUAUCAGAGAAUCUACAAGAAGAUCAGGUUCACAGAAGGAAAUACCAAAGGGGAUAGAGAAAUGCCCAGAAAGCCACGUUCCAGUCUCCUUGAGUUACCACCUGAGCGAUAUGUUCUUCGACCUGUUAAACUUCGCAGCAGAGACCCUUGUAUUAGGUGGAAGACUCGUCUACUGGUUACCCGUGUAUACACCCGAGUAUGUAAUGUACACCGAGGAGAUGGUGCCCCGGCACCCUUGCCUGAGACUCGUUAGCAACUGUGAGCAGAAGCUUUCUAGUCACACAUCAAGGCGUCUGAUUACAAUGGAAAAGGUGAAGACAUUUGAGAACCGGGACCAGUAUUCACGUCUGCUCAGCGACCCUUUCCUCCCCUAUCAAGGUCACAAUUCCUUCCGUGAGAAGUAUUUCAGUGGUGUCACAAAAAGGAUUGCCAAGGAGGAAAGAUCCAACCAGGAGUGAAAAUGUAGACUUUGAUAAGAAAGAUUAUUUGACGGAAAAAGACAUCAGGUUAUAAACUUUCAUAUGUGAUCCAGAAAACAUGGACUCUUUCAAGAAUUUUUUUAAUAUAAAAAUGUACAAAGUAAAUUGAGCAAUUUUAAAAGCAUCUUUGUUCUAGAGACUUCUGUUGUAUGUGUUAUGAACUCUUUUGAACCUUAUUUAACUUAUAUUUGUACUUGCAAAUACUCAUGGAGGUUGACUCAACUGUUAUAUUUUUUACUAUUAAUUUACAAAGAAAAUGUUGUUGACUUUUAACAAGUAUCUGCCCCAUAAUGUUGUAGGCAGUAAAGAGUGGUUAAGAAUUUAUUCCUUUGUAAAUCUGCUUUGAUUUUUAUUUGUAACUGAUUUACGUGACCACCAAUAAACCUGAUGAUGAUUUUCUAAAA